AUGAUUGUGUCUAAGUUGGCUCUUGUAGCCGGGGCUCUGUCUACAGGUGCCCUAGCUCGCUCUGUCCUUCACGAUAAUGUUCAAGAAGUGCUCGAGAGCGAUUCAACGACCGAGUUCAAAUGUGAUAUUCCACCGGCAUUAGAUCCUUCGAAAGAUGGUCUACCAGCAGCUCGGGAUAUCUUCUCUGACGAGAAAGCAUUACAGCUUCAAGUCAAGAGACACUCCACUAUUGUGAAAAUACCUUCUAUCUCGUACGAUGAUAACGGAGAACCUGGAGACGACCCUAGAUGGGACGUAUUCUACGAUUUACAUAGAGCCUUCGCUGCUUUAUAUCCUAACAUCCAUCUUCGGAUGGACCGCGAGACUGUGAACACAUUCGGUCUAGUAUUCACGAUCAAAGGAACUGAGCCUGCGCUCAAACCCAUUCUACUUGCUGCGCACCAAGACGUUGUACCCGUUGCCGAUGCUUCAACUUGGACGUAUCCACCGUUCUCUGCCCAUUUCGAUGGACAAUGGCUAUGGGGAAGAGGCGCAUCGGAUGACAAGAACAGUCUGACAGGUCUCCUGUCGGCCUUGGAAACACUCCUAGCAAAUCCUCUCUGGGUACCUAGGCGAACUAUUCUAGUGGCCCUCGGGUUUGAUGAAGAAUGUUCCGGUCGUCGGGGAGCUGGUCACAUUGGACCAUUCCUGGAGAAACGAUAUGGUCCUAAUUCAUUAGCUCUGAUCCUCGACGAAGGUGGAAUGGGAUUGCAACUUCUUGGCAAUGAUACACUAUACGCGCUCCCGGCUGUUAGAGAAAAGGGUCAUGUGGAUAUCUGGCUAGAGCUCUAUGUCAAUGGAGGUCACUCAUCGACCCCUUUCCCACACACGGGCAUUGGCAUAUUGGCUGAGUUCGUCAACCAGCUAGAAUCCAAUCCCUGGAAACCUAAACUCAUCGAAGGCUCCCCGAUCUAUAACCACUUCGUCUGCCAGGCGAGGUAUUCUCCGGACGCGGCACCGAAUAUCACGAAACUGAUAAACAAGGGAGACUUGGAUACGCUAACUGAAGAGCUAGCGACAAUUGAUCGUGCAACCCAGUAUCGUAUACAAACUUCUCAGGCUGUCGAUUAUUUCAUCGGAGGAGUAAAGAUUAACGCUAUGCCCGAGUAUAUCAAGAUCGGUGUUAACCACCGUGUCGCACCUCAGGACUCGAUUGAAGCGGUGAAGGCCAACAUCCUUAAGCAGAUCCAACCCAUUGUCAAGAACUUUGGCUUGUCCGUUAGCGCAUUCAAGGGAGAGGAUCAUAACCCGGAAAUCGAGCUAUUUGAGAACUUCGAGGACGGUGUUGUUAACCCGAUGUAUGAUGUGGAAUACAAUGGCACACUCGUGCUCACUUCAUCUCAACCCACUUUGGUUGCUCCGGUCUCACCUACAUCGGGUCCGAUCUGGGACGUUUUCUCGGGUACGAUUCAGCAUAGUUUUGCUUUUGAAGGUGGUAAAGUCGUUCCUGUAGGGGAAUUGAUGACGGGAAAUACUGACACUCGUCAUUAUUUGAAUUUGACUCGCCACGUUUACCGGUGGACGCCUACUCGUCAAGGGCAUACCGCGAACGCCCAUACCGUGGAUGAGCGAAUUGAUAUGCAGGCGCAUUUGGACGCUGUAAGAUUCUACUACGAUUUAAUCAGGAAUUUUGACGCGUCUCCUGUCGCUGCUUUUGAUGGUCAGACUGAGGUUGGAGAACUAUAA